AUGGAGGAAGUCGUUGAAUCUCGAAAGUUGAAGUACAAAGCUCUCAAAAACAGGGUAUGUGCCGAACGCAAGAAAUCGAAAAAGAUGCCUACAAUCGCCAUUACCGACCUCGAGCCGAGUGAGAUUCCCCAUCACUUUAACCUCACUUAUCGUCUGCCCACCAAGUUGGAAUUUUCUCCUCGCAAGACUGAAAAGAUCUCUCUCCCUCCCCACUUGAACUGUGGCAUAGCAACCAGUGGCUCACCAAUAAACGAGACCUUGAUACGAUCCCGUAUUAAUGUGAUUAUCCUGACAACUCUGGCUAAGAUGAAGCGCGAGUUUCCUGGAAAGCCCUGUACAGGCGUUGCCUCCCCCGCAUCACUCAAGUCUAUUCACCUGCAAUUUGAUCGCGAGAUCGAUUUCAUUUGGAAAAGCGAUGAUCGACGGGUGAGACUCUCCGGUAUUGUUGACUACUCGCUUUGGUAUGGCAUGGCUGAUGACUAUUCCACUAAUAUGGUCAUGGUCGAGGCGAGGCAACCAGACUUGAUCAAGCGGGGUGUGCUUCAAUGUCUCGCUUAUAUGGCGAUGAUCCAUGAGACAAGGAAGCGGGCUAAGAUUAUAGACACAUCAGUGUAUGGAAUUGCAACAGACAGUUUCCAGUGGGUGUUCAUCCGGAUUCGUCCAAAUGGCGAGUGGACCGAGAAGGCCUACCACUGGGUACAUAAUGCGCAAGAGAUUGUCUCGAUGUUGGCAAAUAUUUUCGCCCAUACUGCGACUAGCCACAAAUGGUGGAACCUUGGGAUUGAAACGGAGGUCUCAGCUUCGUUGGAGCAGCCCAAAUUAAAGCCGAAGUCAAAGCGAGAUAUGAGGCACAGCAUCUAG